ACUGUGACGAAGGAGUGGUGUGGGACAGAUUCCAAAAGGUCCCAUCAAUGCCAGCUUUGCUCCCUUUCUCCUGGUACUUCCCCCUCCCCCUCACUCUCUCCUCCGUCAUGGCUUCAUCUUCGCUCCCUCUCUUCUCCUGAGCCUCUCGCUCCCAUGCAAGUCCCUCCCUCCUCCGCCGCCGUUCUUGAACCCGACCCACCUCGCGCUAUCCCUCCGCCGCGUGACCGCCGGGAGGCGGGUGCCGCCGCCGCCGAGCUCGAACCCAUGAGCGACCAGGUGUCCAAGGCCACCACCUCCGUCUUCGGGCUCAACCUAUGGGUGGUGGUCGGCAUCUGCGUCGGCGUCGCCAUCGUCCUCCUCCUCUUCUUCAUCUCCCUCUGGCUCACCUCCCGGAAAUCAAGAACCGCCCGCCCGACGCCCGGCAACCUCACCUCCAUCCCGGUCGUCUCCAAGGAGAUCCAAGAAAUCCAAAUCCCGCACUCCCAGGUCCAGCCCGACCCGUUCCCCGACCCGGAACCGCUGCCCGAGGAGGAGAGCCUAAUUGGGUACAACCGGAUUCACAUUGAGAUCGGCAAGGACCACCGGAUAUCGUACCCGGAGAGGUACUACGGGUCGUCCUCGCACGGGAGUGGCGGGGACGGCUGUCCGAGGAGUGGCGACCAGGCGGCGGCGGUCGUGCCGGAGGUCUCGCACUUGGGCUGGGGGCAUUGGUAUACUCUCAGAGAGCUCAAGGCCUCUACGAACGAGUUCGCUGAUGAAAAUGUGAUUGGUGAAGGAGGGUAUGGGAUUGUAUACUAUGGUCUUUUGGAGGACAAAGCUCAGGUUGCUGUCAAGAACUUGCUUAAUAACAGGGGGCAAGCUGAGAAGGAGUUCAAAGUCGAAGUUGAAGCGAUCGGCCGCGUUCGGCAUAAGAACUUAGUCAGGUUGCUUGGCUACUGUGCUGAAGGAGCUCAUAGGAUGCUUGUGUAUGAGUAUGUCAAUAAUGGGAAUUUAGAGCAGUGGCUUCAUGGGGAUGUCGGUCCUCGUAGUCCUUUGACUUGGGAGAUACGGAUGAAAAUUAUCUUGGGAACUGCCAAAGGGUUGACUUACCUUCACGAGGGACUUGAACCGAAAGUGGUACACCGUGAUAUUAAAUCGAGUAAUAUAUUACUCGACAAGCAGUGGAAUCCUAAAGUCUCAGACUUUGGCCUUGCCAAGCUGCUCUGUUCAGAUAGUAGUUAUAUCACAACUCGUGUGAUGGGAACAUUCGGCUACGUAGCCCCUGAAUAUGCGAGUACGGGCAUGCUCAAUGAAAGAAGUGAUAUAUACAGUUUUGGUAUUCUGAUCAUGGAGAUAAUUUCUGGGAGAAACCCUGUUGAUUAUAGCCGCCCUCCGGAAGAGGUGAAUUUAGUUGAUUGGCUCAAGAAGAUGGUUACCGACAAGAACCUAGAGGGAGUGUUGGACCCCAAGUUGCCUGAGAAGCCUAUUUCAAGGGCAUUGAAGCGGGUACUUCUUGUAGCUCUAAAAUGCGUUGACCCUACUGCACAGAAGCGCCCGAAGAUGGGGCACAUAGUGCACAUGCUUGAAGCUGAGGAGUCUCCUUUCAAAGAUGAUCGUAGAGCUGGAAGGGACGCGGGACGUGUAAAUGGCGACAGGUCGCAGGUUGGGUCGAUAGAGACUAAAGCGACAGAAACAGGUGGCAGUGACCAAGAAAAUGUUACUUCUACUAAUGAGGAGCCUACACAUCAAGAAUCUGAAGAGCAGAACCUGUAAAUUCCAAUGUCCUUCCGAAGAAAAAUUCUUGUGGUUAAUAUAAUAAUGCUCCAUUCAGAAGAUGUCAUUCUUUGGUGACGGGGGCUUUCAGAUAAGUUCAUAUACAAUCGUGUUUCAAUCCAUUACGUUUUAUAUAGUCAGUUUUCAUGUAAGCCCUUCCGAUCGAAGCUAUCAUAGUAGCUUCAGCAUGUAUUAUAUACAAUGUAGCGGCUGAGCUUGAUUAAAUUUUUUCUUCUCACGCAAUAUCUAUCGAAUACUGCAAUUGCAGCAAUUGCUGUUGCUGCAGAGAAUUACCUGCAA